UUACUGUUGAAUUUAAGUCUUUUGUAUGUUGGUGCGCUCGAGCGCCCGCGAAUUGGUGCGUGCGUGCGAGUGAGUACAGCAGCGAGUACGAUGUUAUCAGGGUCUGCGACGGGUUUGGACAUCUGAUAAGAGAUGGGACUGUACUACAUCGAAAUAUAUGUACAGUCCUUUUCGCAAGGAGGCGAAUCAAAAGCAGACGUACAUUUUGUGGCUGCCAGCUUGGCGAUCCCAAGCGUUUCUUGGCUUUGAUGCGACCCGAUUGCAGCUGGAGUAUGUCCACUGCAGGCUUGACUGCCCAGGAAGUCUGUUUACCCUCGCAAGCGCUCUUCCUGCGGGGCAGCCAUUGUCACAGCAUGGCCGGAACUAAGCCUUCCUGGAAUCCCUCACAUGACUAUAACAACCUGUAUUUCAGCCCGGACACCAAAGUGGAUUACAGUCUACAGUCACAGCAGCAGGUCCCCUGCCUCUCAUCUGUAGAAAAAUCGCGACCACUGCUCCGGAACAGUCCAUCAGUUCAGAGGCUGCCCCUAAAGAAGUUCCGGCCCUCUCAGCUUACCUUGUCUUCCAGCAACGAGCCCCUCACGCCCAGCCCCGUGGAAGAUGACCAGGUGGUGCCCUCCUUCCAGCGCCUGUCUGUCUGCGACCGUGUCAGCCCACCACAGACACCUAGCCGUGCCACCAAGCCCCUACCCCCUCUGCCCGGCACAGCGGACUUGUCCUCGUCAGACCAGGCCAUGGACAGCGAGGGGGGCUUCUUCGCCGCGGACGACAGCUGCAGCCUGGUGCCCGAGCCAUGUGCCAACAAGCCAUCACCCUUCCGCUACGGGGCACCCAGUCGGAGGAGUUUCCGGGGCCGCGGGAUGAUUAACUAUGCGUACCACGAAGGACCGUCGGUCCAGCAGAGGCAACCUCAUCCACAGACAGUGCAGCAACAGCAGCAGCAUCAUCAGCAUCCACAACAGCACAGGUGGCAGGACAAGGAUCUACCUGAACAGCAGCAGCAUCAGACUCAACACCAGCAUCAGCAUCAGAAUCAGCACCAACAGCCGCAGGACCGUACCAUCCGCAAGCUGCGCCGCUCUCACUCGGGGCCUGCCGGAUCCUUCAACAAGCCCACGUCGCUGCGCCUGUCCUGUCCCCACCGCAAUGGCCCGGACCUGGAUAAACCAGAGAUCCCUCCCCGAGCACCAAUCCCGCCGCGGCCCGUCAAGACCGCUGAUUACCGCCGCUGGUCCGCCGAGGUCUCCUCAGGGGCCUACAGCGACGAGGAUCGGCCGCCGAAGGUCCCGCCACGGGAGCCUCUGUCCAGCACAGGUAGCGGCGGUGGCACAAGCACCCGAACACCCAGCCCCAAAUCCCUGCCCACGUACUUCAACGGCAUCAUGCCGCCCACGCAGAGCUUUGCGCCUGACCCCAAGUACGUAAGCCGAGGGCUGCAGCGGCAGAACAGCGAGGGCUCGCCCUGCAUCCUGCCCGUCAUGGAGAACGGCCACAAGGCGAGCAACACCCACUACUUCCUGCUCCCCAAGAGACCCGCCUACCUGGACAAACUGGAAAAGUUUCUGACCGAUCCGCCGGCCGGACGAGGAGGUGAGCCGGCCUCGAGGUCAGACGGGGACGGUCAAAGCAAAUGGAGGACACCCAUCGACCUGGUGUAACGUCAGGGACACACACGAUGUACUGACCGGUGUGGGCAAAUGCAUAGCUUUGCCAUGUAUUGCCUGAGGACCUUAAAAACAUUUCACUGCUGCUCUGAUGCAGUUGUAUGGUUAGUUUUACCCUAGUAUUUAUAACAUUAGGGUAAGUUACCUACCAAUUGCAGUUACUGGGACUAUUUGUUGCUGUUGCUGAUGUUUUUCUUUCCUGGAAAAACCCUCUAUAGGAAAGCAAAUGUGGUAUGGAUGUGUGCCGUUCUGGAUCUCUGGCAUUCUGGACUGUGGAUGAGAUUAGUCUCUUCCAUUAUGUAUGUAUCAGAUGGAUUAUUUUUGAUAUUAAUCAUUAUUUCAUGUUUGUGCUUCUUGCCAAUCCUGUGGUGCAGUUGUUUGGUGCGAGCUGGUCUCGCACCUUAGUGUCAGUGUUUUGGCUUUGGUAACUAGAAUGACUUAUGUCACAUGUUGUGUGUCUGUAAGAAUGUUGCUUCUCUUGUCUUGGAGAAUAAGUAAUUUCUUUGUAUCUUUGAGAAUCAAGGGUAAAAAGGAUCAGUACAACAAUCAGUAAUCAUUUGAAUGAAGUCUAAAGGAAAGGACCUGUGAUCUCAAUGCAUUUAUGAAGGAUCUUCCAGCUUGAACCCCACACUAAUUCCUGCAAUUCUCUGCAGGCAAGGAAAAGCAGAUUGCCUUUGUGUGUUGGUUAUUAGUUUCUGUUUUCUUCAGAACUUGUCAAAACUGUGUGUGUGUGUGUCCCAUGUGAAAUGUACAACUUGAGCCAGUAGUAUCACUAAAUAUCUAUGUGCAUGCUCCAUGUGGGAAUGUCUUGUCAGACUUGUGUAUUACCUUUGUGUUUUCUUGUUUCUGGUGCAUGAAAGGCCAAUCUGUUGGCAUAAAUAUAUAAAUGUAGUAUAUAGUAUGUUCUAUAUACAUUAUGCUUCAUUGUGCCCAUUUACAUUCUUAAUACAGACUUGUACAGAUAAUCUGCUGUAUACCAGGUGUAAUGUGUCCAAACUCUUGCAUUCUGUACAUUCAGAUUAGUUGGUGUUGCACAAAAGAUGAUUUGUUUCAAGCUUGUGAAUGUGGCUUGCAUUUGUGUAAUAGCUGUUUUGAAAAGGCCCCUGUUUUCAGUCAAGCUGUGAAUGAGGGAAUGAUCUUGCCUGUCAUACUACCUCCCAUAGUCUUUUUCUUUUUUGCUUUCAACAACACAUCCACAUUGUAGCAUGUCAACGAAUUAUGGUUACAGAUAAAACAUCAAGUAGGUCAUGCUAAAUUGAAAAAUGAAAUGGCUGUUCAGAAAUAUGUUCUCAUGGUUUAAGCUCAGACUAUUCAAAAGUUGGGUGCAUUUGUCUUGAUGGCAUUCUGUAAAUCCUUUAACAGGUGACUGUCAUUGUCAUAAUUUCUCUCACUAUGGCUAAUUUCCUGAAUGUAACAACACAGUCUAAUGUUAAGAUCUGAACAGUGGUUUUGUGUGAGUUAGAUGUGUUGGGCUCACCUGACACACACACACACACACACACUCAUACAGACAUGUACUGUCACACAGACUUACACACACACACACACACACACAGUCUUUCCUGUUCUGCACAUGCAUUCCUGUCUGACAUGACUGCUGUGGGUGUGGGCUUAGACUCGUAAGCUGCUGGCAGCGAGUGAAAGAAGAUGUAUUUCAUUGUUAUACAGUAUGUUGUUGAAAAAGACAUCAUUAUGAUGUGGUAAAUGUAGCAAGUGCAUCAAAGGGUGAAACCCUGGACAAAAAAAGCAACAUGGUCAGAGCAGGUCAAAAAGUUAUUAAGGUUGUCCACCUUGCAAAGAGGAGAAACUCAAACUUUACUGAUGCUGUUUUUUAUUUUCAUGUUAAACAAUGUUUACAUUACUCAUUGUGUUAUUUAAUCUUUGCCUUUUUCCACGUCUUACCUGAAUGAAAUGAAGGCAAGUUCAAGAAUUAUAGACAUUCUCUACUGUGGUAAUACUAAAAAUGCACUGAGAGUACAGUAUGUUAAUGUUUGUUUGUUGGUGUACACGUAUGUCUGAAUGAGAAUGUGUAUGCGUGUGUGUGUGUGUGUGUGUAAAGUAUUUAACAUAAUUAUACUAUCCAUGAUGAAUUUAGUACUGUCUACAGUGUAGUCUUUAAAUGAGGAAAACAAUAAAAAUGCUUAUUUAUGCAUCAUUCAUGAUGAUCAGA